UUUCCCCUUUCGAAAUCAUGAUUGGGGAGAAUCCCUUAACCGCGGCGGACCUAGACAUUGUUGGUGCUUUGGCUCCUACGCUCACUCCCCCUAUGACGAAACUCUUCCGGCAGCUCUGCGAUCGCGCACGGAGUCACAUCCUCCAGGCAAAGUGGCGUCAGAAAUACUACGCUGACUCCCGCCGCAGGGCUGUGGAAUAUAAGGUGGGCGACCAAGUCUGGCUUAGUGGCAAACACUUACCUGCUCUUAACCAUUGUUCUAAGUUUGAACUCAGAUACCGGGGGCCCUUCACAGUGACUGAACGCAUUGGCACGGUCGCUUACCGUCUUGCUUUGCCCCCCACCUACGAGGGACACAAUGUUUUCCAUGUUUCACAAUUGGUCCCACAUCAUCCCCGCGAUCCCGCUUUAGUUCCACGCGAAGCUCCAGUGGGCUGGCCACCAACACGCGAUGACGCCGGCAACCCUACAGACCAGUAUCUUGUCGACUAA